UGAGCAAUUCACCACGGUAAAAUCGAAAUAUUAUCUGGGCCUAGUCACUCCAAACGGCAUCACACACGUAUAAAUUAGAGGCCGAUUCCUCCAUCAGCAUCAAACAUUAAAUUCAACUUUUUCUCGUUGAAGAAUACUACACGGUGUUUUCGACCCCUUGCAAACCCUGGAGUCUAAGACAAUGGAAGAUCGAAAGAAUCUCGUGGACUCCGAACCCUCGAGCUCUGCUGGUUAGUAUUCUCUGAGCCUGCUCCCGGUACAUUUAGGCUAACGCCUUUGAAAGGGAAAGGGGAGUCUAUACCCUGUAUCAGCUCGACCGAGGAAAAAAAGAGGCCUUUUCGAGUAAUGCAUAAUCUUGUUGUUUGCGGCGCAACUGAUGCAGAAAACCCAGCACACGCUGAGUUGUUCUCCGAUUUCAUGGGAAUUUCCAUGGCCUUGCGGAAUCUUCAUCCCGACAUACAGGGAACAUUUUUAUCCUGCUUUCCACUUGACAAACACUUUGAUGUCUUGGAGCAACGUAAACCUCCAAUUACAGAUACCUAUUUUGGGUGUUCCGGACCAGACAACAAGCCUCUGUACACCUACUCAAAAAACCAAUGGGCCCUACGUCAAGACAAGUGGUUCGAGGAAGUAGAUAAAGAGGAAUUACUGGCCCGAGUAUUUUUAUGGAUGUUGGAGAAAGCACGGUGCAUCGAAAGAGAUGAUGUCGUGAAUAUGUUUUUUGCGUGUCAAGGGACACAUGAACAUGACCUUGAGGUGGGAACUAGGGUUUUUUCAACACAGGAUUUCGCGGAGGUACUGCAACUCUUUAGAGCAGACGUACAGGUGAAUGCAGUUGGCAGGCACUGCUACUCGGGGUGUUUAGUGGGCGCUGUUGUCUCUACGAAGCAACGCGGCAAAAAUCUGUUUGCAGGCACAGGACCAGAUGACACGCAUUGGUGGGGAACCGUUAAUUCAUGGAGCAACAGGAUCAGGUAUUUCCAGUUCGGCCAACCUUUUGUGCAAUCUCUGGCCAGAGUGCAACUACCUGGAAUACCCCAACAGGUUCUUCCACCGGUGACCGAGGAAAAUCAUGACGAAUUUAUAUCAGAAGCCAUAUUGCGAAGUGUGGGGGGUACUUCAGCGCCCACACCUCCCACAGCCUCCUAUUUGUCUCCGGAGCAAUCAUACGCUAUUUCACUAAUUGAAAGGCUGAUAUUGAUGGACUACGUCGACGUCAAUUACGAUCGAGACUGGACUUAUCGUCGACGCCGGAAUGAAUUUCCAACUAUGGAUUUAUCUCUACACCGGAAUCAGAAAAUUAUCGUGAAAAGUAUGUUGUGAACGACUUCCACGGCCGUUCAGCACGCGCUCAUGAAUUGGUCCGGGACGCAGCAGCGGCUUGCGAUCAUAUAUGUUUUGAACUAUGCCGACGGUUCCUUUCUAGGAAGCUUGGAAUGUUCUGACCUGAGAGAUCCCGAGACACUCAAAACUUCAUAUCUGAGGUGCCACGAACAGUCUGCGAUACUGGAUCUCUUCAUCAUUCUUUGCGAAAAGGGCUUUCUACGAUACGAGAGUCUUCAACUCCCUGUCAACUUCGACAAGACUUCAAAGGAUGUUGGAACUGUCUGGAAUGUGCUCAUGUCUUUUGAACAGAUACAAAAGCAUCGUCAAGAGAUAUUUUCACGUUUCAUGCGCCGCUGCGGCGAGACAUAGCCCGCCAACCCUCUGGCUUGCCGUGAUGAUGGUUCGCGGCGGCUCUCGACUGUUUCCAUACAAAGAGAUGUUCGACUUA